AUGAACAUCCGGAUUGACGAUGCUUCACCUCAAAUAAAAUAUUUUCAGAGCGACACGCUGAACGAAGGUUGGGUCGUUGAGCAUACUCCAACAUCAAAAUACUCAGAUAGGCUAACUGGCAAGUACAGUGAAUCAACCUUUCACGGCACGUUCUCAGAGUUAAGCAUAGGGGAUUACAUGGAAUACAGAUUUAAUGGAACUGGAAUCACCUUAUAUGGAGGCAAAAGACCUAAUCACGGAGUUUAUGGCGUCAAGAUCGAUAAUACGACGGAAGAAAGAUAUGAUGGAAAAGGAUCUGACACAUUUCAAGAGAUCUUAUACUCCAAAAUGGGUCUAGACGAGCAUGUGGAACAUGUCGUAAGAAUGGCUAAUUAUCCUUCGGCCACUCCUCAACGCAAAGGAGGUCUUUGGGUGGAUCUUGAUUAUAUUGAAAUUACUCAUACCAUUCCAUCUACGAUGUAUACGAGCUAUAUCGACGACGCAUCACCUUUGGUUACAUAUGAAGAGGGUUGGAUAUCUUACGGUUAUGGUACAGGUGGAUAUUACAAUCUCACUGAUCAUAUGAGCUCAACCAUUGGUUCAUCGAUGCAAGUCGGAUUUAAUGGUACCUCAAUACAACUAUUUGGAGGCAUCAACAACGAUCAUGCAGAGUAUUCAAUCAGUGUAGACGGUGGAGUGGAACAGGUAUAUAAUGCGAAUAACUGGGAGAUGGUUUUUCAAAUACCACUGUACACUGCUUCUGGACUUGUGAAAGGUGAACAUACGAUCCAAAUGACCAAUAGAGGUUUAUCAGGUCAAAAUGUGAUAGGAAUUGAUUACGCUAUUUUCAACUCGAGUGUAAACCCACCUGAAGCGGGUUCUGAUGGUAUCCAAGCUACCACUGCUAGCUCAGCAGGCCUCCCCUUUUCUACUACAUCCAGUUCAUCUGUUGGAGAUGGAGAUGGGAAUGAUCGUACUCACGUUCAAAGUGGAUCAUCAAAGUUGAAUGUGGCUGCUCUUUCAGGUGGAGUAGCAGGAGGUAUAGUCUUACUUGCUCUUCUAAUCGUGUUGUUAAUCUGGUUCUAUAAAAGAAGGAAGCAAGUUCAACAAGAGGAAACAAUAGAUCAGUAUCAUUCAGAAGGUUACAGACCAGGUAAUGCAUCUACAGGAAGAUUGGAUUUAGUCAGUAUCAAGAGCCCGCCAGCUUUCGACCUCACCUCAAUUUCGAGGAGGAGAAAUUACACUCCUACUCAUUCAAUGAUGAGUGAUAACACCUGUACUCAAUAUCAAAGAUCUCACGGAAACUCAAAUUCUAAUCCGUAUUCAUCUAGUCCAAAUCUAUCUACCCCAGGUAUUGAUUACUUUUCCCUUCCACCAGCUACAACAACUCCAAUCUGUAAUUCCUCAGCUAUCUCUCAUCUAUCUACACACUAUCAACCAGUCUAUUCUGCAACACAAAUGAAAUCACCUUCAGAAGAUAUCUGGCCAAUAUCCAAUUUAUCCCCCAAUUCUACCCACUCCUCGUUAUCACCCUCUGGAAUCCUCUUCCCUAGCUCCAAGAGUGACAGACACCCAUUCGGAUCACCUAUGUCAGAUCGCGGAACCGGGUUGACACCUGUCUGUGAAAAUAAUGCAGCAGGCAUGUCGCUGGGUUUUCCGUCGGUUGGCAAAAGCUCAGCAAAUAUCAUUAAAGCCUCUAAUGGAACUUCACCACAUACUCAACUGUCGCCACGCACUGAUCGUGAUAUACUACCAGACACAGCCAGUUCGGAUAAGACUGUAUACACUUCCAAAACGGGUAUAAGCUCAGCGAAGGACGGUACGAGUGAUCAAGAUCAACGACGGGGAGGAAGGGGUUUCGCUUGGGGCUGA